AUGUUGGAGCAUGUUAUUGAAUCUACUAUUGAGGAAGAAUUAUCCAAAGAAAAACAAGCCGUCUACGAGAAAUUAGCAAAUAUUUUUGAUCCGGAAACGGCUAUUAGUUAUGUGUGUCCCAAAACUAAUGAAAUUCGUGACAAUACGACACUUGAAGACUUAAAACUUCAGAGUGAAGAUUUGAAACAUAAGCCUUCACGUAUACUUCUAUAUGCGAAGGCAAAGUUGAUUCUAACAAGCAACGGGCAUAUCUAG